GCUGAGUGCAGCCUGCCUUCCCAGGGUCGGACUGGAAGCUCAAGAAACGACAAGGAGAAGCGAACAUCUGGCCGCACAUCAUGAAAGGACAUCGGGACUGAUAGGAAAAAAGACGACGAAGUGGGCAGAAAUACAUGUUAUGAAGGAAGAAUGGAGUUCCCAGACCAUAGCCGCCAGUUGCUGCAGUGUCUGAGUCAGCAGCGUCACCAAGGUUUCCUCUGUGACUGCACUGUUCUUGUUGGGGAGGCUCGAUUCAAAGCGCACAGAGCCGUGCUGGCCUCCUGCAGCAUGUACUUCCAUCUCUUCUACAGGGACCAGCUAGACAAAAGGGACGUUGUGCAUCUCAACAGUGACAUUGUGACAGCCCCGGCUUUCAGUCUGCUCCUUGAAUUUAUGUAUGAGGGGAAGUUGGAAUUCAGCACUCUGCCUGUGGAGGAUGUCCUGGCAGCAGCCAGUUACCUCCACAUGUACGAUAUAGUCAAAGUGUGCAAAGGCAAGCUUAAAGAUAAGGAACUUUCCUCCCUCGAUGAAAAAAUGGGAGAGGGGUUGGGACUCAGCUGUCUGGACAGGGAAAAUUCCUCAGAUGGUGAGCUGCACAGUAAGCAGCUCAUUCAGCGACAGCCCCAGACACCGUCUCAGGGGCUUCAUAGGGCCCCCCCAGUAGAAGAGUUUGACAUGGACAACACUGAAGUCAGGCUGGCUGUCACAGAUUGUGAUAGGUCUACACAGAGCAGGCAGAAGGCAAACGGUCACUCUGGCAGGUCCCCGGACCUUGUAGGUGUCAAUUAUGUGUCAGCAGAGGCCGAGCCCUGUGUCCAAACAGCUGGAAAAACAAAAGCUGAUGUCAGUAGUUCCACCGUAUUGCUGUCCCAGAGGUCCCGGGCUUCAGAUGACAUGGACUGUGCACUGGAUUUGUCUUUCAAGCCUCUGUCUAGCAGAGAUCCCUUACACCCCUCCUACGUCUCGGGACAGCUGGCCCUCGACAGCCAGCAGCAGGGCACUGAGCCACUUGUUAAAGACGAACACGACUUGCUGUCAGAGCAGGAGGACAGUGAGCCGAUGAGCCCUGAGAGCCAGCGCUUUGGGAAUAGUGCCAGGAGCUCAGUGGUGACAGGGUUCGCUGCCCUCUUCCCAGGCAACAACGGUUCCACAGCCGCCCUGCUCUCCCAGGAGGAGGACCUGAUGGACGAGGAGGGGGAGGCCUGUAGAGGGAGGGAGGGCGCCCCAGGCAGGGAGGUAGAUGGGAGGGGUAGACUGCUGGGGGACAGCGAGGAGGAGGAGGAAGACGACUUGGCCUCUUCAGACAUUUCCACUUCCAGUGGAGUACUGUUGCCCCCGGGGCAACAGGUGUGUAUGUGUCCCCUCUGCAGCAAAGUCUUCCCCAGCCCCCAUGUGCUGCAACUGCACCUCAGCUCACACUUCCGCGAAAAGGAUGGCGCUCGUUCCAAGUUGUCCCCUGACGGCUCAGUCCCCACCUGCAUGCAGUGCAACAAGACCUUCUCUUGCAUGUAUACCCUUAAACGUCACGAGCGCACGCACUCUGGUGAGAAGCCAUAUACCUGUGGCCAGUGUGGUAAGAGCUUCCAGUACUCCCAUAACUUAAGUCGGCAUGCUGUAGUUCACACACGGGAGAAGCCUCACGCUUGUAAGUGGUGCGAGCGGCGCUUCACUCAGUCUGGGGACCUCUACCGCCACAUCAGGAAGUUUCACUGUGGCCUUGUCAAGACUCUCGCCAUCGGAUAAAACGCCUCUCACCAGUGCCACGACACAAGACAGAAUGUCUUUUCAUACACUGAAUACUACUACUGAUCAGUUUUCCCAUUAGUAAACACAUCCUGGCAGUUUGUUGGAGACAUAUCUUUUGGAUUCUACCCCCAUGUGGCAUUUCUCAAGUUAAACUUGUAGCAGCUUUUGAACUGGAGCUGUUUCCUGUGCUGGACUGUGUCAUAGCUGUGCAUGAUGGUCGAAGGCAGUUAGUCAGAGGGGCGCAGGCCGAUGAUACUGACGCGGAUGCUGUGAAACUCACAUCGGAUCUGUGUCGAUGAAGGCGAACAAAUUGGACGAUGCACUUGUUUCCCCGUCUCGUUUGUGUCAAUCUGUUGAGUUUAUUUGAGGCGUAUAUUUGCCGAGUGAAAAGGCGUCCUGUGUCCACACUCUGUGGGCAAAUGGAUGAUAGUUAAAGCUAACAUACGUUAAUACAAUCGUCAGAGAGAUUUAUUUGUGCACAUGGGAGAUCAGAACCGUCCGUGAGUAGCAAUAUGUGAUUAUUUUUAACACCUACAUUAUUAUAAUUAUUAUAAUUAUUUAUUUUGGGGGGGGGGAUUUGUUUAGUCCCUAACAAGUAAACUAUCACAAGGCAGCAAAACUAAUGAAGUCUGACUACUGGAAGUAUUUUCUUUCUUUUUUUUUAUGGCAGUAGAAUAUUUGGUUUCACUGAAAUGAAGUUUCUGUGUUGUGUAAUAAGAAGUAAGCAUACCAUCGUACCACCAGCUCUUGAGUUGUUAAUGUGAGUGAGCACAGAUUAAGGGAUUGCCUUCAAAUUGCUACUUAAAAAGAGGUUAAGGUUUAAAAAAAAUUAAUAAAAGAGUAUUAAGUUAACGCCUGAAACACUGGUGCCUACUGAAAUUCUUAAAACUUCACCUAGUGUACUUAGAGACAAGAAUGACAUCAUAAUGUGAUGCCUUUUUUUUUUUUUUUUUUUUGUCAAAUUCAAUUCAGCUAUCGGGUGUCUUUAAAAGAAAUCUGGAUUACACUCCACAUACCGAGUAGUAGCAAAGGUAAUCCUCGACUCUGGAAUGCCAGUUGAUCCAUGAGUGCCCUUAAUAAAAUCAGAAUGUAAUAAAGGUAUGCAAACCAAGCUCAUGUCAACUUUUUGUCAAAAAAAAGUAAAUCACUGUAGGGUACGCUGAUACAGUGUUCAGGUCAGACCCUUAGAAGGCAGGGAGGGGGCAGAAGGAGACAGGUGGAUGGUCAGUACUUUGUCUUAUCUGUUGUUACCAUCCAAGCUGUGCCAUUCAGCUUAAUCUACUGACCCUUAUUUCUUUCUUUGCAUUAACCUUUUUUUUUCACAUGAAUUUACUGUAAUGUGUUUUAAGUUGCUACUGAAGAAGCUGGAGCCUUUAGUGAUGCUGCUCUUGAGAGACAAAUGGAUUUCUUCUGUCUGUUUAUUUAGAUGCUGUAUGGAUUUCUUACCAGGGGUGUAGCACUAAAAGUUCAUGAUUUUUGUCUAAUCUGUCCUGAUAAGACUUGAUCAGAAUUUAUUUAUUAGUCUGACGUGGUUCAGGGUUUACUGUAGCGGUAGCUCUUAUUUCUAUAAGCUUGAAAAACAUUGCAUCUUGCCUAGCGAUCUUGGUACUCAUUAACUUUUUUUUUGAAGGGGGGCUGUCCAUUUUCUCUGUGCAAAUUGAAGUUACUGUAUUUGUAUUUUAAUAUAUUGUGUAGAAAUCUCUACGGAGUAUUCAAGAUUUGUCAACCGGAACAUAGAGAAGCACUUGUUUUUAGCAUGCAUAUAGUUUCAACACUAUUGUCUAGGCUGCUAUUUCUUACUAUUUGUAUAUUUAAUGUAAAUAUAUAUUAUAUUUAUCAAAUGGUUUGUUUUCCAUGUUACAAACCCAUUUAAGGUGCGGAUAGUCAGGUGUCGUGAUAAGGCUGCAGUCUCUGAGUGUCACGUCUUCCCCGGGGAGUUUGGCUCCUUUUCCAUAUUCAAGACUCUGUUGGACUCCACCUCACCACAAAUCAGAGCAGUUAAUACUGCUAAGACUGCUGUUCUGCCAGAGGAAGCGGUUGUUCACAAGCACAGCCACACUGAUACAGCACUGGCUACCUAUAGAAGUGACAAUACAGGCAUUGUUCCUCCAGCAAGUCCCAGGUAGCUGGGGGGGGGGGGGGGGUGUUCCAAGUCUCUCUUUGCACUCUGUAUUGAAUGGAGCCAUUGGAAUGU